AUGGCACCGCGCGCCGCUGUAACGAACCUGUCUUUCACCGUUGAUUCCGCAUCCGAAGACGAAUCGAUGGACGAAUUGAACGCCUUACCAACCCCCGACUCGAAUACUGAGAACAAGGCGCCCGGACGCAAACCGCGUGGAAAAGCCGCGCAAAUGGCAAUUUCCACAGUUGCGACCAAGGCUGCGUCAAAAUCAAAGACGGCAACGCGUCGCGUAAGUGGAGAUACCGUCCUCACCGCAAAGAAGCAAGGUGCAGCCGUUAUGAAGAAGACGAGUGCGCGCGGCGGUCGCAGGGCCAUCGCUGAGCUACAACACGAGACCGGCGACGAGACAGAAGAGGUAGACGAGUUCGAUACCGAAGAGGACCUUGUCGCGCCGGUAGAGCCCAAGACCGCUAGGAGGGGACGGCCACCCGCGAAAGCAAAA